CUCGCGGAACUAUUGAUUUUGUCCUUUGCAUUUUUUUCUUUGGUUCAUGAUACAGAUUGGUGGCGUCUGAAUCUUUUGAUGACUGCGAAAAGUUUGGAAAUUGUGAUGUGGGUUUUGAAAUUGAGGACAAAAUAGGAUUGAAACUGCUGUUAUAAAUGAGAAAAAACACAUUAACGAAAAAUUGGGCAUUUUGAUUGUAGAUCACUAGGUUGAAAAAGGAAAUAUAAUUACCAAGAUAAUAUGUAAAUGCAAUGGUGACAACUACAUUGAGAAAGAUUGUGUCUCCUUGUUGGAAGCCUUACGUUGAGGAUGACGGAGAUUAUAGCAGAAAUAGAGGGGGUGACCCGAGUGGACGGGUGGAGGGUUUGUUGUGGUAUAAAGACUUGGGACAUCAUGUCAAUGGGGAAUUUUCUAUGGCAGUAGUUCAAGCCAAUAAUAAAUUGGAAGAUCAGAGCCAGCUGGAGUCAGGGCCAAUGAGCUCCAUCGAGUCUGGUCCUCACGGGACAUUUGUGGGAAUUUAUGAUGGGCAUGCAGGUCCUGAGGCAUCCAUAUUUAUCAGUAAUCAACUUUUCCAAAAUAUCAAGAAAUUCACAUCAGAGAGUCAAGAACUGUCAGCUGAUGUGAUAAAAAGGGCAUAUUUGGCGACAGAGGACGAAUUUCUGUCCUUGGUUAAAAAGCAAUGGGAUAGUAAACCACAAAUUGCAUCUGUUGGAUCAUGUUGCUUGGUGGGCAUUGUAUGUAGUGGGAUGUUAUAUAUUGCUAAUGCUGGAGACUCUAGGGUGGUCUUAGGAAGACGAGAGAAACCUGAGAAAGAAGUCAAAGCCAUGCAACUCUCAGCUGAACACAAUGCGAAUCAGGAAUCUGUUCGGCAGGAAUUGCAUUCAUUGCAUCCUGAUGAUCCACAGAUUGUUGUUCUAAAGCAAAAGGCUUGGCGCGUGAAGGGUAUAAUUCAGGUGAUUUCUCUUGGUUUUAUUUUCAUGCCAUUCUAUCGUGUUUGGACGUUACGUCUUCCUGUUGUUGAGCUUGAAUUGCAAAAAUAUCUUAAAUUCAAGAUUUAAUUUUUCUAAUUGUUA